AUGGCAGCCCUUGUUAAGUGUUUUGUUGCUGUUCUCAUCCUGAAUCUUGUCACCCGAGGAUUUUGUGGUUGUUCUGUGGGUGACCUUACUAUAGGCACUGUCCGAAGUGGGAAAGAGGUACAAGGAAAGGCUGAAUGGACUGUGACAGUCACCAACAACUGUAUCUGUGCUCAAAGCAGGAUAAUUCUCUACUGCGGAGGAUUUCAGAGUGUUGAACAUGUGAAUCCAGCUAUUCUAUACAAGCAAGGUGAAGAUUGCAUAUUGGUCCAUGGGACUUCCUUACCAGCAUCUGCUUCAGUCACCUUCUCCUACGCUUGGGAUCCUCCCGCUAUUUUUCUUCCAAAGUCAUCUGUUAUUGCUGGCUGUUAG